UCGAGUCAUUUGUCGGCCACACAAAGUGGCUCAGAAAAGUGUGUGCGUUACGCGGAUGGUUCCUCUUCUUCAGUGAUGCCGUGGGACUUCAGGACGGAGAGCCGUUCCUCCAGGGGCAGGCGGCUGGAGCGGGAGGCCCGGCGGGAGAGAGAGGAGCAGAGCCGGAUCGACAGGGAGAAGUACAACGCCAUCGACCAGUACCUCCUCAGCGGGGACAAGCAGGUGGUGCUGUGCUCCUACUUCGGCCACCACCUCAACGUCUUUGCCAUGGCGUCCCAGCAGCACGUCCACACCCUGGAGGACAGGGCGUCCCAGCUGAGCCUCCGGACGGCGGCCCUGACCCAGUCCGGCGGCUACCUGGUGCUGAGCCACUACAGUCAGACCCAGCGCGUCCCCUACGUCACUCUGUGGGACCUGCGGAAGGGCACAGUGAGAAAGAGGCUGAGAAACGAGCCUGGCGUUUGCUGUUUAGCGGUCACGGACAACGCCAGCAGAGUUGCCUUCGGGGUCGCAGAUAGUAACAAAUUGAAGGUUUGGGACCCUUUCAAACGAAAACACAAGUGUAUCUCUGGCUACGGGGACCUGAAGUUCAGCGUGUCGAGCCGGCUUCAUAUGACCGAGGGCGGAGCCAAAGCGUUUCUGCUUUCAGACAAGAUCAGCCUGUGGGAUCUGGACCGUGGGAGCGUCUUGUCCGUGUUCUCACCCGACGCCCGCAUCCAGUGUGUGUCACCUCUUGGUGGCGGGCUACUGCUGGGCCUUAGCCAGAGUCCCUCCCUCAUCAGCCUCAGACUAACAUCACCGUCCGUCGCCACGGCAACCAGAGACGAAGGGGAUCUGUUUGGAGAGUCAAGCAGCAGUGAAGACGAGGACAACUAAACUUUAAGGGCAGUUUUUAAAAUAUUAAUUUUAAGCUAAAUAAACCGGACCACAGAAAGAAAAGGAGAAAAAAUAUGGUUUGUAAUGCGUACCACGACACCUUCAGUGGAAAACACCUGGAUGGAGACCUGUGCGGAUUCAGGUGACAAUUCUGCGAACACUUGUAUCGCUGUCUGUGCAUUACAUCUGGGGGAGGUCAGCCUUGUGCAAGACAAAAUAGACUCUGGCUCAGGUCAGACAUUGGAGUCCCAAUUCAAAAUGUUAUUCAUAUUAAUAUGUUCAUGUUAAGCAGGGAACCAAAAGCCAUGGUCCGUUGAGAGCAUGUGUGAUGUAUUUGUACAAGUAUUUUGUUAAUAUUAUUUUCAAUGUUAAACUUUGCAACUGUGACAAAUCGUUUCUUUCAACUCUAAUAAAGAAUCCAGAUUCUGAA